GCUGUGGUCUUCGCUUUCACUCACAAGCAACCAUGCCGCCGAAGAAGCCCGCUGCGAACGUCGUCCAGGCUGAGGUCGCCCUGCAGCAGUCGCUCAAGAACUGCCUCGUCAACCUCCCCUCGACACUCGUCUCGGUGCUUGUGAACGCCAACACGGUCGCGCAGAAUGUCGUCGUCGAACUCUCGUACCGCCAGCCCCCUCCGCCCGGCGCAUCAGACUCGAGGACUGCCUCCCCACAGAAAUCCGUCUACGUGGGAUGGACGGGCAUGCAGAGCAAGCGCAGGAUCGCGCCGGUGGUCGGACGCGACGGGAUAAGUCGCGGUUCAUCCACGAGCCAGCAAGACGUGCCUGCCGUGGAAGUGGAUGCGACCUUUGCUCGUCUCAUUGGGCUCGGCGAGGGACAGAAAGUGGGCAUAUCGCUGCACCUGGAUCCUCCGCAGGCGCAUACCAUCAACAUCGAGCCACUGACUCCUGUCGACUGGGAGAUGAUUGAGCUGCAUGCCCAAUUCCUCGAACUGAACUUCCUGUCGCAGAUUCGCGCGCUCCCCAACCCCCAGGUCCAGUCCGCGCAUCCGUUGACCCUCCACCUCUCUCCGACGACUACCGCGAACAUCAUAGUGACCUCGGUUGCUCCCGCGCCGACUACCGCUUCGCCCUUUGUAAAAAUAUCGCCAGACGCCGAGGUCAUUGUUGCGCCCAAGACGCGUCAGAAGGCGGAGAGAACAUCGACACGGGAAAGCAGAAGCGUAGCUGGCGCUUCCAAGAAGAGCGGCAAGAGCAAUGCAAGCACAGUCAGGCGCCGAAGUGGUCGCGAGGAGAAUGCUAGUAGGGGCGCGGUCUUCCUUCGAGGUGUUGACCGCAGCGUGGCCCAAGAGUGGUUCGACGAGGAAGAGCACGUAGAUGACCAGGGUCUCAAAGUUUGGGUGGACAAAGACAUCCUCCUCACCAAAGCUCUGAGAGGGGUCACUUGGGUCUCGGUGUUGAUCAUGAAACCUGCAGGUCUCCAAGAGCCCGUAGACAUGUCGAAGGAGCAGGAGCAGGAGAAGCCUGCAGCUCGUGUCGUUGCAAAAGUUCUUCCAUGGGAAGACGCACCGGACAGCCGGCAUGUGGCUCUUUCAACAGAUCUUUGCAAUGUAUUGGGCUUCCCAGGUUUUGUAGGGGGGCUCGUUCGCAUUGAAGGUGCACCAAGCCAGACCGCCAAACCUUCCGCCAUCAAACCACAGGGACCGAAAGACCUCAAGGAGCCAGUCGUCAAGACUAUUAAAAUCAUUCCGUUCUCCACCACCGCAUCGCAGGGCAAUUCGUCUCUCAAAUUCGGCGGCGAGUCUAAGCAGGAGCAGGAAGAGGCCAUCCAGAAGAUCAAGACUAUGUAUGGAAAGAAGCAUGGGUUGUUGGAUGGACCAGUCACAGAUGGCAUGGUUUUACCUCCACCGAGCGACUCUACAUCGGGCUGGCAGGGAGGCAUUGUGAGAUUUGAUCCACCACAAGCCCCUACAGGUGUAUCAUGGGUUCUGUUCCCAGAAAGAAAGCCUCCCCUUGAACUUGGACAAGAGAUAUUCAAGCCCUCAAGCUGGGUUAGAGGUCAACCAGGUGAUCCGUUACCUGAAAUUCCACCAAAGCUGGUCGGAAUCGACCCACUCAUCGAACAACUGCGUUCACACCUCACGCACAACUCCUCAGUAUUACUCACGGGUGGACUUGGAGCAGGCAAAUCGAAUUGCGCUAAGCUCCUCGCACACCAGCUUCGAACAGAGUUCAUGUUCAACACAAUCUACUUUCCCUGCCGCAAACUCGUGACGGACGAGACGAGAGUAGCGACUAUCAAGGAGACACUUAACAGGCUUUUCGCGUCUGCGUCAUGGGGUGCUAGAUCAGGUGGAAAUGCAGUGGUAAUCCUAGACGACCUUGACAAGCUCUGUCCAGUAGAAACGGAGCUGCAGGUAGGGAACGAGAACGGUCGCAGCCGCCAUGUCAGCGAGAGCAUCAUCUCUAUAGUGAGGCAAUACUGCUCAAUGGACUCUGGUGUAGUUCUCCUUGCUACAGCACAGGGCAAAGAAGCUCUUAACAACGUGAUCAUUGGUGGUCAUAUAGUCCGGGAGAUUGUCUCUUUGAAGGCGCCUAACAAGGAUGGCAGGCGGAAAGUGCUUGAAAUGCUCGCACGGCAGGACGAAAAGCAGCCGACGGAACAGACGAACGGCCAUACCUUCCCGCCAUCACCAGCAAACAGCCGGCCAAGCACAUCUCAUCGAAGCGAAGCCAGUGUUUCUAGUCUGCAGCAUGACCGCGAUUCAGAAGAUUACGGAUUCGUGGUAGAUCCAACCAUCGACUUCCUUGAUCUUGCAGGACAGACAGACGGCUACAUGCCUGGUGAUCUUGUCCUUCUCACCUCCCGUGCUCGCAACGAAGCCCUCAUCCGCUCUAUCACCGACUCAUCAAGCUCUGUCUCGCUCACUAGGGAUGACUUCACUCAAGCGUUGACUGGGUUCACGCCUGCAUCCCUUCGAAACGUGACCUUGCAGUCCUCAACUACCAAAUGGGACUCCAUCGGCGGUCUCCACUCAACACGACAAACACUCUUGGAAACCCUUCAAUAUCCAACAACUUACGCUCCCAUAUUCGCCCAAUGUCCCCUGCGACUACGGUCCGGUCUACUGCUCUACGGCUUCCCCGGUUGUGGAAAAACGCUCCUCGCGUCCGCCGUAGCAGGAGAAUGCGGACUAAACUUCAUCUCCGUCAAAGGCCCCGAGAUCCUGAACAAAUACAUCGGUGCGUCCGAAAAGAGCGUGCGCGACCUCUUCGAGCGCGCAGAAGCAGCACGACCCUGCGUUCUGUUCUUCGACGAAUUCGACUCCAUCGCCCCGAAGCGUGGCCACGACUCGACCGGCGUAACAGACCGCGUCGUCAAUCAGUUGCUCACGCAGAUGGACGGCGCAGAAGGACUAAGUGGCGUCUACGUCCUCGCUGCCACCUCGCGACCAGACCUCAUCGACCCUGCUCUGCUCCGCCCCGGACGUCUCGACAAGAGUCUCCUCUGCGACAUGCCCGGCCUAGAAGAGCGCAUCGACAUCCUCAAAGCCGUAACGCGAAAACUGCACCUCGCGCCCAGCCUCCUCGAGACCGGCACACAAGGCGAGAACCUGCGAGAAAUCGCCGCCCGAACACCAGGCUACUCAGGCGCCGACCUCCAAGCCGUCGUCUACAACGCACAGCUCGAAGCCAUCCACGACGUGCUCGGCGACGCAGACCCAACCAAAAUCGACAACGCGAGGGACGGCGGCGCAAACGGCUCCGCUGGAACAGACAAGUCAAUCCCGGAAUUCACACACUUCAAACUCUCCGACACGCAGUCCGUUUCCUCCUCCUCCGCAUCCGCACUCUCUGCAGCACAAACCUCCGCACACCUCACCGAGCGCGCACACAUCGCUAUCAAAAUCGCCGCCCUGCAGACGCUGCGCAAGAAACAGAAACUGCUCCAGCGACCGUCUGCGCACAAUGACGACGCCGGCGAGAUCAAGGAGGAAGACGACGCAGAUGGCGCGGAGAGGAAGGAUCCUCAGAUCCAGUGGAAACAUAUCGAUAGCUCGCUGGGGAGCACGAGGAGCAGUAUUUCUGCGACGGAGAGACGGCGGUUGGAGGGCAUUUAUCGCGAGUUUGUGGAGGGGCGGGAUGGCGAUUUGCCGAGUGGGCAGGGGGGGACGGAGAUUGGGGGGCGGUCGAGUUUGAUGUGA